UUCAAAGACUCGCUCUGCUCUGCAGAAUCUUGUGUUCGAAACUGAGAAGCUAAGCCACGUGCCAAAAUGUGCAAAGGACUUGCGGCUUUGCCCCAUUCAUGCCUGGAAAGGGCCAAGGAGAUCAAGAUCAAGUUGGGAAUUCUCCUCCAGAAGCCAGACUCGGCGGUUGACCUUGUCAUUCCAUACAAUGAGAAGCCGGAGAAGCCAGCCAAGACCCAGAAACCCCCACUGGAUGAGGCUCUGCAGUGGCGUGAUUCCCUGGACAAGAUCCUGCAGAACAACUAUGGGCUUGCCAGCUUCAAAAGUUUCCUGAAAUCUGAAUUCAGUGAGGAAAACCUUGAGUUCUGGCUGGCCUGUGAGGACUACAGGAAGAUCAAGUCCCCUGCCAAGAUGGCGGAGAAGGCCAAGAAAAUUUAUGAAGAAUUCAUCCAAACAGAGGCUCCUAAAGAGGUGAAUAUUGACCACUUCACGAAGGACAUCACAAUGAAGAACCUGGUGGAACCGUCUCCGAGCAGCUUCGAUGUGGCCCAGAAAAGAAUCUACUCCCUGAUGGAAAAGGAUUCACUGCCUCGCUUCCUGCGCUCUGAGUUUUAUAAGGAAUUAAUCAAGUAGCAAUUUAGUUGGGCUGUGAGGUUCAUCCAGUGUGUUAUCUCCUCCAUAGUAACGCUGCGUUUUCCGGCAAUCUACAUAGCUUCCCGUAGCUGCUUGGUUCAAAGAUACCCAAACAGGGAAAAAUCCCAGGAAGUGUUGCUUACUCGUUUUCUGCACAGUAUUCUGGAUGUUUAUCUAGUGUCUGAAUGCCUUCCUCUCCCAUUUUCUUCUUCCAUUCUUGAGUAUGUUGUUGUCAAAGCGAAUCACAAUCACAGAAAAAUUCUGCUUCUGGCAAAGAAACAUAAGAUAAGAAUAUGAUACCUAGAAUGUGGGUCCAUUUGGUUUAGGUAAUGGGUCUCUAUCCACCCAGAUUGGUCUGAAAAAGAAUGUGGUUGUGGAAAGUGAGACCCAUCAAUCCCAUUUGUUGGUUUCAUUCUGACCCAGGUGGACUUACCCCUCCACUUCUGACCUUGGGUAGUAAAAGGUGAUAAGAAUUUUAUGAGGCAGCCAUUAUUUGAUUUUUAAGCAAAUACAUUAUUUAAAAUAUCAGUCUUUCCUUUGGAGCAUCUUCGGGUUGCUGGAGAUCACUAACCAGAGAUAUAACCAUAAAUAGGUUAUGUGUAUACAAAAUCAAUCUGAACACAAUCCAUAUUGAUUCUUUCCUUAUCCCUCUCUCAUUCCCCCACUAAGUUACCAAAUUCUAUUUUAAAUCAACAACCUGACAAUGGAGUAUUUAAUAAAUGUAUGUAUGCAUCUAGUAUGUAGGCCCAAAGUUUCAAUUUUCAGAUUAUUUUUGGACCCUAGGAGUAUAAAAUUCCAAAAUUUGCAACUCCACUCAUGUAAAAUAAAACAGAUGCCGUCCAGUGCAAUUUCUCUUAUCUCAAUAUCAGGAGAGCUAUGCACUAAAAUGGGAACAUUUUGUCAAGCCAACAAUGGUUAAUUACCCCAUGAUGCCGUCUGCUUGUUUAAGGAAUGGUGAUUAUCUUCAAAAUACCAAAUUAUUUUUAGGAAAAUUAAUUUGGCGGCAUUUGGAGGAUCUCUGAGAUGACAUUACAAAGACUCCAUAUUUGAGAAAUAGUAUGAUUUUUUAGCAACUCCGUCUUCCCUCCCUGUUUUGCUACCAUGUUAGUGGAUGGUACUUACCUUCAAAGUGCACAUUUAUAGCCUAACGUGCCUUGCACACAGCUGAUUGAUAGGCCGUGGUAUUUUUUAGUAGUUUUAAACUAUUCUGUCUUUUGUUAUUGUAAGUCUCACUAGAUUUUUUUUCUUAUCUUUAGUAGAUUUGAUUCAGUAACAAUUUACAUAAUUUAGUGAUAGGGAGACUCAAGCUAACCUAUGUAUGACACUAACCAAGAGGAGGGUACUGAGUUAAUUUUAAAAGAAUUUGUUAAGGAUUAAUAAAAUUCUGAAAUGUUUAAGGAGAAGAUUACAUUGUUUAGUCUUGUAUUCCUCCUUCUAUUUCCCUUUCUCCUUCAUGCACUCCUAGUUUUCCACAUUUGUAGCCUAUGUAUUCACAUACUUCCUGGGAAUAUUAAAGGUGAAGCUUCUUAGCAUUUCCUUCAGGCAAACACUGACUAUUUCUGUUGGCUUUUCUCUACUUUUGCUGUUUCAAAGGAUACGGUGCUCUUUUGAAUACUUGUGAUUUCACAUUCUGAAAGUGGGUUGGAGUGAGUUGGUCUACUGAUGCCAGUGUGGUAAGAGUCUGUGUAUCUGUGGGUGUAAAUAUUGCUUGCUUCAGAGAAACUUGUCAUAGACGGUCGACAGCGAGGCCAGAUCACUGCUGUGAGUGUGGAGAGGGCCUCUCCGUGCACACUUGUGUGGGACUGGCAGGCGACUCAGACCAAAACUUCCUCAGCAUCUGUCUACACUGUCCAGAUCAGCCUACAAUCGCCAGCCCUUUACUUUUUCCUGCAGCUAGAAAUGGUAAGAACUCAAGGAUCUGGGUGAGUUAUUGUCCUUGAAUGCCAAAACAUUUUUCAGAAAAAAUGUUCGUUGAGCUAAAAAUUCAAAAUUUUUGAUUCAUAUUCUUUGAAAUAGCCAAAUGUUUGAAAACGCUCAGAGAAUUUACGAGAUGGUACAGAGCUCACCCAGAUGGUUGAUGUCGCACAGACCCAGAUCGACUGGACUCACAAACUACAUGCCCUGUGGCGGUGGGAGGACUUGUCCGUGGAUGGCAAGAGGUGGACCUUCACCUUUUCGUAGACUGAACUCAGGAGGCAAAGGGCAGAAAAAGCACCCUGAGGGCAGGGCUGUGAAGGAAAAUGAAAAUGAAUGCUUCCCAGCCAAACGAUGACCUGUCAUAUAGACAUCUCUAUAUACUAGUUUAAAUUUAAAGUAGCAUAUACACACACUAGAAACUAUUCUAACAUAUGAAAUGAAAAAAUUAAGAGGAAUAUAAGUAUCAGAGCCUAAAAUGAGAAAAGCAAACAUAUCAAAAUUUUCCUACAGAAGUUCUGUGAAAUCUUUUAAAAGUGUUUUUAAACUUAGACAAAAGAUAAAACAACCCACAGUGUUACUGGAAGUUUCCACGGUAACACAAAGAAAAUAACAUUCUUUUAAUUCUGGGAACUUAGAAAAACUAAGAUGAUCUUUCCAGGAAAAAAAAAAAA